AUGGGACUGAAAAUUAUUGUUCUAACAGUAGUGUUAAGUGCAGUGAUUGUUGUCAGUGAAAGUGAGCGGAUAUGCGACAAAAUGCCGGAGAUAGUAAGAGAAAAGAGAUCAAAGUAUUACUCUAGUGCGCCGCAGCGGUUCUACAGGCGGCCACCCAUCACAUAUCCUGUCAAAGGACCGUUCUCUUAUACUCCACCGCCGUUUUACUCCAAUGAUAACGCAGACUCGUUCCCACCAAGCAGACCAAAGGUUAGUAAAAAACCUAGAAACGAUGGAUUAGGAGAAGAAGAUAUUAAUAACAUUGUUAAAUAUUUGUCUAAACAAGACUUGGGUAAGAUAAUUGAAAUCGCUUAUGAGAAAGAUAAAUAUAUAAUUAACAAAGAGUUUGAAUACAAUAACCCACCGAGCAAUGAUAGACAUACACAUAAAGGAAAUGUAGAACAAUAUAAAGAAAUACCUAUUGAAUAUAGCAAUAAUCCGAAUGUCAAUUUUCAAAUGUACAAAACUGUUCAUGAAACUACAGGGGUAAAUGAAAGACCUAGAUUUUAUCCUCCAAAUAAGGACCAAAAACCUUACGAAAUCAUAUACAAUAGUCCUCCGCAAGAAAACGUAGUCCCGAGAAUUGUAAAUUCUAACCCAAAUUCCAAUGGUAUAGAUUCGAUAAAUACGCCUUUUGAUGUCCAAGAAUCUAUGCAAUAUGGUCAGAUAGAAUUCUUCAAUAAGCAUAUUGUUGAAGAAGAUAUAAGGAACCCGGUAUAUGCUGAUAGUAAGGCUAUGAAUGAAGAGAUCCUUCCAAGACCAGUAAAUCUUAGGGAAGAAGACUACUACGGGUCGUUUACCCAUAAUGUCCCUAGCGUAGUAAAAGCUGACUCUACUUCAUACAAAGUGGAGAAUUUUGGAGAUCUCCCGUUGAUGAACUACAACUCGAAAUUGGAUUCUGUCAGCUCGUAUCAUGUGCCUCAUUACACUAUAACAACACCGAACAAGGAACCAUCUCCUCUAGCGACAUCAUAUGGCGGUUCGUCAUCAUCAUCAGAUGUCCCUCUGGAGCCGGCUCCACCUAUCUCCGAAGCCAAGGCGCAAAGUGACGCCCAUCUCAAAGCUACACGAAUCUGGACUCACAAAUCCAGAGGCACAGCGUACUAUCUCCACAGUGAUGGAACGUUGUCUUUGGAGAAACCGAAAACGAAGCCUUACGGACCAUAG